CAGCAUGUAUGUUCUUUCACAUGUCAAGGUUUCGUGAAGCAACAUGAAUAGUUGUGAUAUGGACCAGCCCCGCCGCGCGCAUGUAACGCCAAGAUUCGAGAAAGUGAUCACCAUCCUUUGAGUCGGCGGACAGGAACACAAGAACAUUCAUAUCGCCAACAUGGGUCUUGCCGACUACCUGGCGCAAAACUAUCUAUCCGCCGACAAAUCAUCAAAGGGCAAGAAGCGCAAGAGAAAGAAUGCCGAAGAUGCUGGCCUAAUCAUCGCCGACGACGAUGUCAGCGGCAUGAGCAAAUCACGGAACCGCGACGACGAUGAUGAAGAUACCCCUAUGAUCAUACCCGGAGGCGCCAACAUCAGCAAACGAACAACAACAUGGAAAACUUUUGGAAAGGCUGCUCCCAGCAACAACGAGCAAGCUGCAGCCGAUGCGAUCCUGGCCGACGCCGCUGCCGAGACUCAAGCACGCAAUGCGGAAGAUGAAGAUGCGCCCGCGGUCGUAGGAGAGGACGAAGACAUGGAUUACUCCGGUCCAACAAUGGCGUCAGGUGCAAUGGCAGGUCUGCAGACAGCCGAACAGGUCACAAAGGCCUUGAAGAGGAAGGAGCGCGAGGAGAAGAGGGCAAUGCAAGAGAUGGGUAUGGAUCCCACUGGAAAAGCACAAGAAACUAUCUACCGUGAUGCUUCGGGUCGCAUAAUCAACGUCGCCAUAAAGCGCGCCGAAUUGCGACGUCAAGCCGAUGAGGAAGAACGCAGGAAAGCAGAAGAGGCCGAGAACAGACGAGGUGACGUGCAGAAGAGGGAGAAGGAGGCACGUAUGAAAGAGCUGGAGAAGGCAAAGACCAUGUCACUCAGUCGCUAUGCGGAUGAUCGUCAGCUCAAUGAUGAGCAGAAAGAGCAAGAGCGAUGGAACGACCCAGCAUUGGCUUUCUUGAGCAGAGGCACCACCACAAAGGGAUCCAAGGGCACAAAAGGAAGGAAGAAGACAUACACAGGUGCAUUCGAGCCGAACCGUUAUGGCAUCAAACCAGGAUAUCGAUGGGAUGGCGUGGACCGCAGUAUUGGCUUCGAGAAGAGAUGGUUCGAGGCACGCAACCAACAGCAGAACAUCAAGGACUUGCAAUACGCAUGGCAGAUGGACGAAUAGACGCUUUAUGA